CGCGCGCGCUGCCUCAUUCAGUAUAUUAUUAUGACACUAUUUGACAACUGUCUAGAUAAUUCUAUAAUAUUUUACGAGUAUUUUCCCUUUAUUCGUACGUUCAAGCAGUGGUGAAAUUCAAUUCAAUCAAACUAUUAAACGCCACACAAAUAUCUCGUAUGUUCGAAAUAUUAUUGUGUAAAAAUGAUAACUACAUCAAAGUAUUUCACGAGCUGUAGCAACGUUACGCUGUUAGUUAUUUUGCAAUUUGGCAUCGUGUUACUAAGCGGAUCGGUCAAUGCUGUUGAUCAGUUGAUCGAAAACCAAGAUCUAACGUUAAAGGAAAUGCAUUUUUCUUACGACAAAUUGAAGAUUCACAACAUAUCAAAUCACGUGUUUUAUUGGCUCUAUACCAGAGAACAGCCCAACGGUCAGCUUAUAAACAAGAGCGAUCCAUCCAUGAUAAAAUCGACAAACUUUAAUGUCAAAAAUCCAAUAAAAAUUCUCGUACAUGGUUGGCUUGGUAGUUUCUAUGAAAAAGAAUGUUUUUGCGCUCACAUAGUGAAAGCUUAUUUACAAGCGGAAUCGUACAACGUGAUUUGCGUGGAUUGGAUGCAGUUAUCUUUUUAUUUAAAAUAUGCAUCGGCAAAAAUCGAUGUCAAAUAUAUCGGUUACGAUAUAGCUAAAGUUUUGAAAAUUUUAACAAAUAACAUGAAAGUAGGGUCUGAAAAUAUCCACUUGAUAGGUCACGGUUUGGGAGCCCAUAUCGUCGGAUACACUGGGAAAAAGUUAAACGGUCAAAUUCCUCGGAUAACUGGAUUAGAUCCUGCGAUGCCACUAUAUAAAAAUACUGAUCCGAAGUACAGGAUCAAUAAAAACGAUGCGGCCUUUGUAGACAUCAUACAUACAAACGGAAACAGUUUCGGAUUGUUUAAGUUACUAGGUCAUAUCGAUUUUUACCCAAACGGAGGAAAAGUACAAUGGAACUGCACAAUAUUAGAUAGAAUUACCGGUGGCGCGUGCAGUCACGCCAAAGCUUUCGAUUAUUUUGCCCACUCGAUAUCAAAUAGAGAAGAAUACGAGGCGUUCCGAUGUACCAGUUGGAACGCGUACAAAGCGGGCGACUGUGGCGAAUUCGUCAACAGUACAUACAUGGGCGAACAUGUGGACAAAAAACAAACCGGAAGCUAUUAUUUAUGAAUCUGAAUCUCAACGGCGUACCGCAUCAUAACAAUAAUUAUAGGUCGUCGCAAACGUCUCGGAUAUGUUUAAAGAUUGGCCCGAGUACUGAAAAUGUAAUAACGCGAUCAUCGUCACAACAAUACGCAGCACGUGAAUAAACGUAUAUAUAUAUUCGUCAUAUAGCUGGAGCUCAUCAUUUGCGAAGUGUAGUAUACGUCAUGUUAUUGUUACUUUUACCUGUUCAAAGUGAAUAAUAAAUAUCAAAUGUAAGUUGAA